CUUCACAGAAUCAUAGCCCUAGUUGGAGAAGAACGGCUCAGCUCUCCACUGAUCUUCAGCCCUAAUUUCUCGUUGUCUCGUGCAUCUUGCUCGUUCGUCCUCGAUUGCAGUCCUCCUCAAUCCUCCCUUCUUCUCCUCCAUUCGUUCUCUCUUCUAAUUGCAGCUCUUCUACUCUGGUUCGGUCGCUGAGGCGCAGGGCUCGUCUACUGAGAUAUGGUGACAGGACGUGUUGAUCCAUUGGUUUCAUGUAUGUACACCAUUAAUAUUUGCAGAAGUCUCGGAAGUUAAAUAAAACAUCUGCUGCUCUAAAGUUGGCGAAUAUUGAGGAAUCUAAGUCAUUGUCUAAUAGUUCAACAAGGCAAGAGAAUUCACAGAUCCCAGCUGGCCCCAGGGAAGAUCAGAGCUUGGAACCUUCGGACAUGCUGAAAAUAGGUGGAGUUAAUAAUGAUUCUUACGAACAUCAGGGUUCUGCUACGGCUAAGAUUGGGAAAGUGAAGAAGAGUGUGAAGAAAAGAUCAAAGUCGAAGUUUGAGGAGUAUCUUCUGAAGGAUGUGCAGCUUGCCGAUAUAUAUGCAGAAGAGGAUUUGGAGUUGGAAAGGAAACUAGCAAAGAAACUCAAGGUGAAGGAAGGAAAGUUACGUGGAUUAGAUGAUGGCCUAAACGAGUUCUUUGAACUACCGUGUGAUCUUGAAUUGGAAUAUGCUGAGGAAAAUGAUUUAAAGCGCCGUAAGAAAAGAUCCCUGGGUAAAAAAAGUAAGAGGCAGGAAUCAAACUGUGUUUCAAACGGUGCACCUGAUUCAAUGACUAGAGCCUCUGAGCCACAAGAUGUUCCAGAUGAAGUUCAUUCUAGAGAGGGCAAGAAAAAGACAGAGACAUUGAAAGAUGAUUCAGGAUUGCACCUGCCCGAGCCAACAGAAACAUCUGAAGAAGAAGAAGUCCCUGCCAAGCCCCCUGCACCAGAGGCUAAAAUGAAAUAUAUUGCUCCUCAUUUAAGAACUCGUGUAGGAUCGGAGCCCGAAGAGCAUUCACAACUCCGUAGACGUGUAAGGGGUCUUCUGAAUAGGCUUUCGGAAGCUAACAUUGAAUCUAUCACGGGAGAAACAGCCACAAUCUAUCUGUCACUUCCUCGCAAUGUUGGAUCCCAGAUUUUAAGUGAAGAGGUUCUGGCAUCUUGUGCAGGAGGUCCUCGUGGCAACGAACAGUAUGCUGCUGUUUUUGCAGCCUUUGUUGCUGGCAUGGCUUGUUUGGUUGGUGUAGAUUUCAGUGCAAAGCUUAUGGCAUCUCUUGCCAAAUACUUUAAGGAUGAAUAUCUGAAAGAGGAUAAUCUUUCCCUCCGAAAUCUUACUCUCUUGCUGUCUCAUCUUUGUAUAUUUGGAGUCUGUUCAAGCGAUUUGAUAUACGACUUUCUGAUCACCUUGAGCCGACGUAUGACAGAGAUUGAUGUCGCUACUAUCUUGACUAUUUUACAAAGCUGUGGAAUGAAGAUAAGAAGUGAUGAUCCCACUGCCAUGAAAAAUUUUAUAAUGAGUGUCCAGAAUAAGGUCAAUGAGUUGAAGGCCUCCAAUGAAAAUGGCCAAAAGAACAUUAAUGGCAAGAGGAUGGAAUUCAUGCUUGAAACCAUAUGUGACAUCAAGAACAACAAGAAGCGGACUAAGGAGGAUUCUGCGCCUCAUACUAGAAUAAAGAAAUGGUUGCAGAAGUUAAGAGUAGAGGACGUUUUAAUCAGGGGAAUCAAGUGGAGCAAGCUGCUUGAUCCCAACAAGAAAGGCCAGUGGUGGUUGUCUGGGGACAUAGCUUCGGCGACUGACAAUGUAGAAGAGGUUGCAAGUACAAUCGACAAAGAGGUUCUUGAGGCCCGAAAAAUGCUAGAGCUCGCAUCUGCCCAGAGUAUGAACACGGAUGCUCGGAGGGCUAUCUUCUGUGUAAUUAUGAGUGGGGAGGACUACAUUGAUGCUUUUGAGAAACUUCUGAGGUUGGAUUUGCCGGGAAAGCAGGAUAGAGAUAUUAUACGGGUGCUUGUGGAGUGUUGUUUACGGGAGAAAGUAUUCAACAAAUAUUACACGGUUUUGGCUUCUAAACUUUGUGAGCAUGACAAGAACCACAAGUUCACUCUGCAGUUUUGCAUUUGGGACCAUUUCAAAAAGCUGGAGGAAAUGGCCCUUCAAAGGUCCAUGCACCUAGCAAAGUUUGUGGCCGAAAUGGUGACUUCCUUCACCCUCUCCCUCGCAGUCCUCAAGACCGUAGAUUUCAGCGACCCCGAGCAACUAAAUCCGAAACGGAUCAUGCAUUUCCGGAUGCUAUUCGAAUCUAUAUUCGAGCAUCCUGAGAGUCUUAUCUGGAAUGUGUUCUCACGUAUUGCAGUAGUCCCGGAGCUCGAGCCCCUCAGAUAUGGUAUCGAGUUCUUCAUCAAGGAGUAUGUCCUGCGGAGCAAUGAAGGGUUUGCAGCAAAGUUCAAGGUCAUGAAAAAAGCUCUCAACAAUGUGGAAGGCGUCCUCAUGUGAAUUUCGCAGUUAGAACUAUGACUGCCGCCUUCUGCAACACUAUUGUUGGCCUAAGUAAAUUUUUACAGGUUAAAUUAAGCUGUAGUUUGAGUAGUUGCCAAAACCAGAAGUAUUUAUUCCGGAAACGAAGUUAAGGAGGGUUUAUGUAUCCCUGGAAGUGGAAUUUUCCAGGGUACAUCUAACUGUUGGUUGGAGGAUGUUUGGAUGAAGUAAUGCACGAUAGGCCAUUCGUUCAUAAACCGUAA